AUGGAACAGUUGGCUCAUUUCGUGACGAAAUCGUUCGACUUCAACAACAGCCGCGUGUUGGAUUUGCUCAACAUGACGGCAACGGCCGGUCCUACACCUACCCACCACCACCCCAGCUCCCACGAAUACGGUGGACGAAGUCUAGGGGUUGGUUCCGACUCGGAUGCCCUCUCCAACACCAGCAGCAGCCUGGGUGGCGACCUGGAGGACGAAAUCCACUCCCAUUCGCUCGAAGUGUCCCACCGGAGGGUCUCAGAACACCAUCAGACUGCCGGUCAGGGAAGACCUCCUUCCGUUGAUCACGAACAGCCUCGGAACGUUCCGGAUGAGGACGAGGAAACGAUCGAUAUCGAGAUCACGGACCUUUCGUACAGCAACGGGGUGUCGGGUGUGAGUGAGAGCGUGGUGCAAAGUGUGGAUGUGGUCGGUGUUCCGUCGGAACUGUCGCACACGUCGAUAGCGGCGGCAAUGGCGGCCAACCAGUCCCUGCUCGGAAUCGAACCGCCCGCGUCCUUUGUGACAAGUGUCAGUGGAAGUGGCAGCAACAGUAAUAGCAGUGUUAGUGUAAAUCCGGCCCCGGUGGAAACGUCCUCCAGUGAGCCUUCUAGUGAACAGGUGUCGGUGGUUGGACCUUCGCUUCUUUUGCUCACCGGUUCGUCCACCGCCACCACCACCAACAACAAUGAAAGUAGCGCCGCGAAUCGAAACGAAAUCAGUGUUAUCCGUAAGUUUGACAAUAAUAAAAAUCCUACGCACGACGAACGGUGCGUUGUGUCGUGCGAUCCUGGAAGUGGUACUAACGGAACCAAACGCAACACCGGCAGUGGCCACAACAACACGCACACAAAAACUACCACCAAAAGACACGUGCCGAGAAAUUGGCUCAUUGCCGAUCUGGUGGAUGAGAAAACGGAUGAGAAUCCAAAAGAAGACGUUGCCUUAAAUCUGGUGCGUGCGGAAAGUGACCCAAAGCAGACGAAGAUUUCCAACGGACUCGAUGGCCACGCCGGCCAGCAAGUCGUCCGCCCCAAACCCGCCUCGGAGCUGCUCAAACAAAGUGUCGAUCUCGUCAACGGGCAUCACUAUUCGAAUCCAUCCUCCGUGACGAGCCACCCGGGAGUAUUAGCCGACGGUGAAUCCGAUACAGAAACGCCACGGCCAACACCACGAGAGACGCUAACCCCCGACCAGGACGACUCGAGCGCGGACCGACCGGGAACGACGGGUCCGCCGGCGGCCGACGAACGGAUAAAGGUCCCACCGGAACCGGGUCACGGCGCCAACGGCCACGGACCGCUGUCGGCGCUCAGCAACAACAAGCAGCGCCGCUCGCGGACCAACUUCACGCUGGAGCAGCUGAACGAACUCGAGCGGCUCUUCGAGGAAACGCACUAUCCGGACGCGUUCAUGCGGGAAGAGCUGAGCCAGCGGUUGGGACUGAGUGAGGCCCGGGUGCAGGUUUGGUUCCAGAAUCGGAGAGCAAAGUGUAGGAAGCACGAAAAUCAACUACACAAAGGCAUCAUCCUAUCGAGCCACAGUCCACCCGUCACGACCCCGCUGGAACCGUGCCGAAUAGCACCGUACGUGAACGUUCCUUCGCUGCGAGCCAGCUCGGGUGCCCCUCCGGGAGGACACUCGACCGGCCCUGGAGGUCCACCGGCUUCGUCCAACUCUUCCGGAGCGGCAGCAGCAGCGGCGGCAGCGGCGGCGGCGGCUGCAGCUGCCGCUGCGGCCAACCAUCCCUUUCCCGGUGCGGCCUUCUCUGCCUUCGAUUCGGCGUUCAUUUCGGCCGCUGCCCAUCAGUACGCGGCGGCCCUGAGCUCCGGCAGUGUACCGGCGAGCCUUUUCUCACUUUCCCAGUAUCGGCAAGGACUAGCGGCGGCCACCGCCACCCUGCCCGUGUUUACCGUCGCCCACGACAAGAACUCGAGCAUCGUCGAUCUGCGGCUGAAGGCGGAAAAGCACAAGGAGAAUCAGAAGAAAAUUGUACAUAAUGUGCCCUCCUAA